AAAGCAUUGCGGCAUUAAAACUAACCCAAGUUCUCAUUUCGUUCCGUUCCGUUUUCGAAAUUGCAGUCUUGCAGAAACUCCAAUAACAACACUUCGUUAGCUCCCUUCCCAUCAACGCCGCACUCAUGACUCCCCAGCCACCAAAAUCCCACCGUCGCCGCCAAUCCAACACUCCCAAAACACCACCAACUCUCCCCAACGAGCUCAUCACCGAUAUCCUCUCCCGCCUCACUGUCAAACAUCUGAUGCAGAUGAAAUGCGUGAGUAAGUCCUGGAACACUCUCAUAACCGAUCCCGUUUUCACCAAAAUGCACUUCAAUAGAUCUGCAUUGAAUCCAUUUUUCUCGCUAAUCUCUAAUAAUUUAUCCGCACGGGACGGUGAUUGCUGUUUCGUAACCGUUCCGGUUAAUCGGUUACUCGAAAACCGUUACAUCACCGUCCCGAGGGAUCCUUACUUCCGAUUGAGGGAUAAGGAGUGUCGCGAUGUUGUUGGAUCAUGUAAUGGAUUGGUUUGUUUGAUUGGUUAUUCGAUUAACGAAUGGACUAAGUUUAAAAGAGUGUGGUUCCGUUUCUGGAAUCCAGCUACUCGAUCAAUAUCAGAAAAAUUAGGGUAUUUUUCUUAUUUUGAUAAGAAUGAAAGGAAAUCUGUUAAGUUUGUGUUCGGUUAUGAUAAUUCAGCGGAUACUUAUAAGCUAGUGAUGUUGCGGUCGGGUUGUGAGAGUGAUCCUGAAUCGAAAGUUAGUGUGAAAGCGUUUAGUUUGGGUGAUAAUGGUUGGAGAAACAUUCAGAGUUUUCCUGUGGUUCCGCUUCAAUUGGUUUUUGAUCCGAGGGAGGUCGAUGGUGUUCCCAGGGAGAAUGAUGGUGUUUAUUUGAGUGGCAGUAUUAAUUGGUUAGCUUAUCGCGAUGAGGAAAACGUUAGGAAGGAUAAUCCUGUUGAGAAAUAUGUGAUUGUUUCUCUUGAUCUUGGAACGGAGACAAACACGCAGUUUUUGCUCCCGGAAGGUUUUGAGAAGGAGUCAUAUGUAGGGCCAAGUGUUUGUGUGUUGAAAGACUCUCUUUGUUUAUGUCAUGAUUUGGAUUUGACGGAUUUUGUUAUAUGGCAGAUGACGGAAUUUGGAAAUGAGAAGUCUUGGACUCAGUUUCUUAAAUUUAGUUAUCACAGUGUUCGAAUGAAUUAUGAAUUUGGACGUCCGCUUUUGAAAUUGAUGCCUUUGCAUCUAUCUGAGAAUGGUGAUACGGUGGUAUUAGCGAACAACCGACAACACCGAGUAAUUCUCUAUAACAGGAGAAAUAACAGAGCAAGGAAAACUAUACUUAAUACUAAGAUAUGUUGGCCCUCCCUCAAGGAUUAUGUUGAAAGCUUGGUUUCAACUUCUUGAAAGAUUUCUUUUUCAAUUAUAUAUCCAUAGCCUCAACUUUGAGCAAACUCAACGUCAUUCUCUUGCCUAACAGGGUUUCUUUUUGAACUAUAGAUCCACAACCUCAACGUUGCGCAAACUCAACGUCAUGCUCUUGCUUAACAGGAUUCUUUUUCGAACUAUAGAUCCACAAACUCAACGUUAUUCAUGAUACAUGUCAGGAAGGAAGGAUGAAAGAGGCUUAUUGGAGCUAACUUUGCUGCUCUUCAUCUUUAGUAAUUCUUUUAUACUAGACAUUAAUGGCCCUCUUGGUUUCUGUUAAUGAUUUUUUGGAAACAUUUGUAGCAAGUUAUUACUUAAUAAAUUACAUUGUCUUACAAUUCUGUAUCUGUUUGUGUAACUAUCAUCUUUCCUGAGAUUUUAUUUUUCCAUCUGAAUGAAAUUAUAGAGACAAACACAGAUUUGUAAUUGUUUAUUUGUUUCUUGUUUGUUUCUCUUCAAUUUGGAUCCCUAUUUUUUAACGGAACAUUAUAGUAUCACACUGAUUUCACUGUGUGGUUAUCUAUUUUUUCAUCUUUAGACUUGUAACUUAAUUGUGACACCAUCGCAGAGCUUGUAUAGAUAUUGGGCAUACAGUAGAGGUCAAUAUCAAAUUUGGUGGGAAAACCAGUUCUAAGCUCGUUUUAUAUCAAGUUAGAAAUGUAUAACCAUAAUUGAUUUGGACAACUUAGUUUACCAUUGCAUCUAACCUUAUAGACUACAUUCAUUUAUGCACAAUUUCCACUUCCCAUGAUUGGUAAGGUAAUAUAUGAAGUGUGAGAACAUUCUGGUUAGAAUAAUGGCUUGAAGUUAAUGUCAAUGAGAUUAUAGAUUUUGUUUUGGAUUUGCAGUUUAAGUGAUGAGUAGAAUUCUAGUGUAAACAUAAUUGAGUAACUAUACAAAGCUUGGAGUUUGGUUGACGUAACUGUACAUAAUGAUCUCAUAGUUGGUACAAGUUUCAUCGUCUGUGUACAUAAUGAUCUCGUAGUUGGUACAAGUUUCAUCGUCCGUGUACAUGGUUAUUGGACAUAGCAUUGCAUAUAUAGAUUGAUGGACAAGUUUUGUUGCACACUUUAUUGACUGCAUAUGAGAUUUUUAGCCAAUGACAGUAGGAUAAUGGAAGGCUCCUUCAAUGAACCAAAAGAAACUACAAUCUGCAGUGGAGCGGAGUUGAUUAUAUACUUAUAGAGCUUAGGAUUGGUGAUUAUUGUGGAGGAAAUGCAAUUGUCAUUGACCAUAUUUGCCUUAACCAGUAAAUAAUGAAUGUAUUUGGAAAUGCUCUUGUUGACAAUGUGUACCUUUUCUUCUAAGAUUCAAGAAGGUAUGGCCCAGUGUUGGAAA